AUGGAAGAGGCCGCUAUGCACUUGACGCACGCUCAUGAUACCAUCAGCAAGCGUCCAAACAGUUUUCCGGCUUUCGACAUACUCUCCAUCAAAGGCAAUUUGGCAAACGUCUUACUCGAGCUUGGGGAGCACGAAAAGGCCCUGGAGCUUCAGAAGCAACUUGUCAUUGAAUCCACGGGUAGGAGCAACCAUCUUGCUACUAGAAAUGAUCUUGCCUUCAUCUAUCAAAAGUUGAAUCGGCUCGAGCUUGCAGAACAGGAAUAUUGUAGGAUUGAUGAGGAACUGGAGAACAGAUGCACAGCUACCUCUUCGAACGCAGACCCUUUUCACAUGAUCAUCAAGUCCAACAAAGCAUCUCUCUACGUGGAAAGGGGAAAGUAUGCCGAGGCAGAAAAGCUUCAACGCCAGGUUAAGAAUAUUCUGAAAAGGGAUAAGUCGUAUGGAGAACUGAAUCGGGAGACCAUAACAUCCAGAUUCAACCUGGCACUCAUCCUUAAAAAGCGAGGAAAAGAUCCGAAGGCGGAGAAGCAACUGAACAAAGCACUUGAAAAUAUGGAGAAACUGGUUGGAAAAGAUCACAUCGAGAGCAAAGCUAUGGAUGCAAAGCUCCAGGAAUGGAAGAAGGGUUCUGAUGAAAGGACAAUGGGAGCACAAGUGCGGAAUACCCCGAAUCGCGGCCCGCGACGAGAUUCUGGUUGUGCGACGUCUGAUCAAACACUAUAG